AUGCCUUCGAAGAGUCGCUUGUCACGCGAGGGGAAGGGGAAGGACGUUGUUACCUCUCCGAGUCCGGCGAGUGGUAGUCCGCUGGAUGAGUUCGAUUUGAUACAUCGAGACGCUCUGCGGGAUACAGAAAAUAUGAGUUUAUCUCAGCGCCUUUUAGUCGCCGAUUCCCACAGGAAAACGCGCAAGGAAGCCGCUGGUCGCAUGGAAGCCAGUGGUGACAGUGGCACGAGCGGUAGUAGGAACAGCGGGAAGGACCAAAGUGAUGCCUCGAUAGGUUCUGAGCGGAGUGGUUCUGAAGCAUCGAGUCGAGCUCCAAGACCUUCGAGACGAGUUCAUCGGAGGGUUCGCUUCGACCAGAUAGAUUGCUGUCCCACGAUCUAUCAUCCCGGCGGGAUCUUUGAGGAACUUUCCCAGCUUCCGCCUGACUUGCAGCGUGACCCGCGGGCUCAGUUGUGGGGGAACGUGUUCUGUUCUUGCUCCUCUCACAAGACUGUGAAGGAUUUGCUAAGGGAGAAUGGUGGCGCCUGUGUUACAUACAUCAUCCCGUCUACCGAGCAACGGCCUUGGUCGCCUCCAGUUGGAUAUCAAUGUGUGUACGAGUCCUACUUUGGAGAUCAUACGAAGCUUUGGUUUCCAAUCCCGCGGUUGGUGACGUCGUACACGUUUCAUUGGGACAUCGCCAUCUCUCAUCUGUUGAACGGGUCGUUGCGUAUAACCGUUAUGUUGAUGGUUAUGGCGGCGGAGAUAGAUAUCUCGAUGAGUGUGAGAGUGUUCGAGGAGUUGACUUUCACGAAGGCUGAGUCGAACGGGAUUUUCUCGGUGAAGAUGCGUGCGAACUACAACGUCUUGACCGGUCAUCCGAACAAGACGCAAGAUUGGCAACGUUCGUAUUUUUAUAUCAAGUCAGACGAGCAUGCUUUCGAAGAACCCCCGGACGACUACCGCAUUCUAUGGAAUAAAGAACUUGUUCGCCAUCCGAAUACGAUCGCAUAUCCGGAGAAAUUCUUUGAAAGCGCGCAGGCGAUCGGAACGCAUAGCCACCUCCGUUGGCCAGACCUUAGUCGAGAGUGGAUACGUCGUCAACAAGCCAGAAUUGCCAGAGUUGAUUGGGAAUCGAGGCUUCCUUGUGUUCUCAGACCCCGUAAGUCGCGCCUGUCCCUUUUUACUCGGAAACAACAGAAGCUCCUAGACGAAGCUAGAGAAAUGGAUGGAGUUCCGGACCUGAGCGCUUUAUUGAAGGGGAAGCUGCAAUUGCUUUCGAAGAAGUCAACUCCUGCUAAUGUGCCAGAAUCGACCAGUUCCGAAGGCUGUGGAGCUUCCGAAGGUGGUGGAGCUUCCAAGGAGAGAGCAUCCAGUUUAGUCGACGAGGGCUUUGGGGCAGAGCCUUCUGCUUCGAGUCCCAGAAAGAAGAAGAAGAGCAAGAAAGCAAAGAGGAAAGCAACUGAUGAGGCUCCUCUCAAAAAGACCGCUUCUCUCGAUGAAGCUUCUGAGGACGAGGCGCCAGCAGGAGGACGAGAAGGCGCUGCAGAGGAUCUUGUCGAGACAGACCCGGCCGAGGCGGUGCCUGAGGAUCGUCCAAAAAAGAAAACAAAGAAGAAGUUUGUUGACGCGGAGCCACGUCCUUAUGCUGUUGAGGCGACUCUCGUCGAUGUCGCCAUGAGAGGUAGAGUUUCUCCCGAAACCCCUUCGGAGAAGAAGAGAAAGGUCUCAACGCGAGGGAGUGGUUCUGGGAGUGAGCCUGCUGCAAGCGAGAAGUCUGCUCCUGAUUCGUCUGCGAGAAAAGGCUCUCGUUCUGAAGGUUCCCUCGCGAAGAGAGGGAGAAUCGAGUUCCCCGAACGCGUCCAGUUUUCUUAUGACGUGAAAACCCCUUUAAUCUUUAAUCCCCUUCAGUGCGCAGAACUGACGCGUCAGAUUCGCGCUGGGACGAAGGAGCUGCCGCAGAUAGAAGACCUUUACUUUAAGGACGAGUAUAUUGAUGUUGCCUUCGCGAGAAAGCGGAAGCUUUCUCAGGCGAGGUUGAAGGCGAUUGAGAGGGUCAGGACUGAGCACAAGAAAGCCAAUGAAAACGCUGCUAAAGAGAAAGAAGUUCUUCGAGUAAAAUUCGAGGAGCUUGAAGGCAAGCUUAAGUCUGAUAGGGCCUCAAAGAAAGAGCUUACCCGAGAGAAGAGUCGCUUGGAGCAACCUACUGCGGCACUCGAGAAGGAGAAGGCCGAGCUCCUCGCAGAGAGGGAUGCUGCGGUGGAGAAAUUAAUCUAG